CCCACACAGUUUGAGUUUGACACACCUGGCUGUGUCUCAAUGCCUAGUGUGCUGCCUACCGAGACAGCAUUUAAAGUAAUAGGUAAUUAAGGUAAUGAGUGAUCCUCCUGACCAUGUAAUGCUUCUAUUAACACAAAAAAGAUCUUAAAGCUUCUAAAAUUUUAACAAAACGAGAAACGUUCAUGACGUACACAAUGCUGUCUAGGAUGGCACCUCAAUAGUGAUGUGACACAGCCCGUGUCUAGGAAUAUGAACGGCAGACUGAGUCGAAUUCCUGGCUUACUUCACAAUCAGCAGGCAUGAGGAUCAGGCUGCAGGGCUCAGGCCAUGCGGCCCGUCUCCUCUCCGAGCUCAACCGCUGUCGUCUGUCUCGUCUCCUGUGCGAUGUGGUCAUCCAGGUCGGAGGUCGUUCAUUCCCCGCUCAUCGAGCGGUACUGGCGUGUGCAUGCACACACUUCAAUAGCCUCUUUUCCAGAGGUUCCCGAAACGGUAGCUUCCCUGCCACCUUCUCUUUGGACUUUGUCUCAGCCACCAAUUUCGAGAAGGUAUUGACUUUCAUCUACACCGGGGAAAUUUUCACAGACCUUAUAGAUGUCCGUGUGUUGUACGAACUGGCGGAAAGGCUGGGAGUGAAGGAGCUGGUGAGCGCUUGCCAUGCCACUUUUCCUGACCUGCAGAGCUCCAGUUCUGGAGACCAGGUGGGUGAUGGAGAGGUGGAGAGCGAAAUGAUGUCUGCCACCACCAUGGCUACGUCAGUCUGCUCAUCCUCUGCAGCGUCUUGUUCCUCACUGUCAUCUCCGGCCGCUCCUACACCUGUCACACCAUCUCCGGUUCCUCAAGGCAGGAAUUUCAGAAUAAACCGCUCGCACUCAGCCACUGUUUCGCUUUCCCAGUCUCCUAAAAAUGAGCACCUGCAUGUACAUCUGGGGUACAGCCAGCUGGAGACCAACAAACCGAGCCCCUCGGAUAGUAACCGUUCCACAGAGGCUCUUCCUGGUCUUACUCUGCAGCUCAAGACUGAGCGGGACGAAGAAGGAGAUGGUGGAGGAAACAUCUUGGUGGACCACCUUGUGGUUAAUGGUAGCAAAUCAACAUUUGGGUCUCUCCCAGAAACCUGCUCCGUUCCUGAUUCCUCAGCCCAGCUCGGAGGAGAAACAUGCGCCCCUUCGUCGUCCUCCAGUGACCCUCUGGACAGUUUGCAGCUGGGGUCCGUCGCAGGCGGAGUAGAAGUCAAAGAUGCGAGUUUCUUUGAAGAAGAUGAUGCCAGGAAGAGGCACCACCUGGAGGAGGAGCAAACCGAGUCUGGCGAUCAAUGGAGAGCACUUUCAGAAGACAUCAUUGAGCUGAGCGAUGAAGAGGAGCACUUCAUCGUGGAGGAAGAGGAUGACGAAGACCUGAUGUGUAUUGAGAACGGCGAACAUGGCUCUUUAGGCCAGCUGGCUCCAUCGCAGCCGUGCAAAGCUUGUGGAAUGCUACUCCCUGCCGAAAAUGGCAUCAUUCGGACUCACGCCGAGACGCACCUCUCCGAAACAGGUUCAUGUCAGGUGUGUGGAGCCUCCUUCUCCGAGCGCGGGGCUGCUGUCACUCAUGCCCUCACACACGUGGGUAUCCUUCUGUUCUCAUGUGAUGUCUGUGAGCAGCAGUUUCAGAGUGAAGCCAUGCUGAUUCACCACAGACGUCUGUCUGCUGUUAAAUGCAGCCCUCAAAAUCCUGAACAACUGAGCGGUGCCUCACAGAGACAAGGAGGGGAACUGCAGUGUGCUGUUUGUGCUAAAGCCACUGCUAAUGAUUUCAAGGCUGUCCGGGAGCACGUUCAGAGUCACGCUUGCCUAAGGACACUACGCUGCGGAGUAUGCCAGCUGUCCCAAUCCUCUCGAUGCGCCCUUUUGUGGCACACUUUAACGCACCUCUUUCCUAUUUACACCUGUCCGCAAUGUAGCAGCCCCUUCCUGGAGAGUUCACUUCUAGAUCGCCACGUUGCUCUACACGCUGAGGAAGAGUCUUCUGCGAAACCGGACGCCAGCAGUCCGGAGACCAGCGGGGAAAGCCAAGGCGAGCUACGCUGCUUCCUGUGUCCGCAGACCUUCCGCUCAGAAAACGCUUUCCAUUACCAUCUCACCGCACAUUCAGGUGAGCUUCAGGGCCAGACGUGGCCGGCCAAGCGCAAGGCAGACCAGCUCAUGGAGUAUUCCUCAUCAUCUUCCUCGCCUCUGGAGGCCGGCGGCUCGGGUAAAACCGCAAACGCGAGUUUCAGUGUGAACAUGGGUUUCGGCGUUCAGGACAAAAUGGUUCAGUUCACAAACGGCAACGUUUCCAGCGGUGCGGGCCUCAGGCAGAAAUGGUACCGCUGCAGGUAUUGCGGUAAGCACUUUGCGCACUCGGGCGAGUUCACCUACCACCUCCGCAUCCACACGGGUGAGAAACCCUAUCAGUGUAAAGUAUGCCUGCGCUUUUUCCGCGGCCGAUCCACCAUGAUCUGCCACCUAAAGACGCAUUCGGGUGCCCUCAUGUACCGCUGUACCGUCUGCGGCCUGUUCUUCUCCACGCUCAAGAUGGUCUCCUCGCACAUGGAGGUCCACAAAGACCAACUACCACCCGAUUUCAACAUAGAGGAGACCUUUAUGUAUAAUGACCACUCUAAAGAACCCGUCCCGAACAUGGACGCCUGAACAGACGCCCUCCGAACGCUCCGCUACACUGUGCGCCCACGUUUCCUUGCUGAUGUUGUUCAGAAGAAGUGACUGUAGACUUAGAAUGUAACUUAAGUGUUUAAUGUGAUUGAUUGUCUAUGUGGCAUUGUGUACUGAAAGACCAAAUUUAAUGGAAAAGGUUAUUUUAAAAAUGUAGUGUUGUUAUCUAUCCACUAGAUGGCAAACGAGAUCUGUGUUACCUCUAAAAACUCUUCCUGCCGUUCUGACACACACGAUAAGCUAAAAGUCUCUGGUUUCUCUAAAGAAGCACACGUUUCUCUUAUUCAAAGCUAGUGCAAGUUGAGAAUUAACCAGGACUUGUCAGAUAAUAAGUCAAGGGUAUAAAACUUUUCCUUUUUUUAAAUAAAGGUACUUUUCUUUUACAGAAUAGGCAAUAUUUUUAUAGUAGCAUUGUGUAUCACCUGACAUAGAUUAUGUUAGAAAUAGUAACUGGUUAUGAGAAGCAGUAAAUUUUGUUUGUAUUGUUUGUUCCCCAGUUGGAGAGAGGAUUUUGACUGAGGUGCUAAUAUAUCAGUCAGUUCAUACGACUGUCCCUAACCUGUUGAUUUGGGACAUAUAAGUGUAUUUGUUUUAAAGCAACAGUGUUUCAGGCAAGAUUAUGUUUUGAAAACUUGUUUUGUGCCAAUUUCCAAGCAAUUUUACACACCUGAAAGAUGCGCAUUGCUCACUGUAAAAAAAGUUGGUUUAACUUUUUGGGAUUUUGGCUUAUUCACUGUAUCCCCCAUAGUUACAUAAGUCCAUACAUACCUUUUUCAUCUCCCGGUGUCUCGUAACUCUGUCUGACGCACCCACCGCUAGCCUAGCUUAGCACAAAGACUGGAUAUAAAUGGCUCCAACUAGCAUACAGCUCCAAAUAAGUGACAAAACAAUGCUAACAUUUUCCUAUAUAUAUGUUGUGAAUUGUAGGCUAUAGUCACAGCGUGUACAAAUAACAAGGUCGUAUGAGACACAGCCAUCUUUUAACCAUAUACAUACUGGGAACUAUAUUCUCGGAUUGUCACUUAUUGGGAGCAGUAUGCUAGCUGGAGCCAUUUACUUCCAGUCUUUGUGCUAAGCUAGGCUAGUGGUGGGUGCGUCAGACAGUUACGGAAUGCACAAAGAUGAAAAAGGUACGUAUGCACGUAUCUAACGGUGAAUAAGCUUAAGUCCCAAAAAGUCAGCGUGUUCCUUUAAGUUACCUGGUUGCCUUUACAUUUUAAGUUAAAAUUUAAAACAUUAUCUCAUAGCAUAAUUGCCUAAGUCAUAUUUCAAUGUUUUUGGAAAACACGAAAAAACACAAUAUUUAGAAUUCACAUUGUAUGCUAAGGCAGAUAGUGUUUUUGGAUUCUAAUAACUAUUGUGCUUAGCUAAGGACAUAGGCAGAAAGGUAGGAUGAUGCAGCAGUGGAAGGACAGUAAAAGUAGGCAGAUAUCACAAUUUGGCCAAAAAAUGACUUUUAUGACUUCUUAUGUUAUGAGGCUAACGAUAUUUUUGAGCCCACUAAUAUUUUUAAGUUGAGUGAACUUAACAUUUUAAGGCAACCAGGUAACUUACUUUUUUUAAGUUGAACCAACAAAUCGUUUUUACAGUGUAAUGGAAUAACUUACCAUUUAAAUGUCUUUUAAUUCAUUUUGUGUUCACUAUAAAAAUCUAUUUGACAAAUAAAUGGAUGCAUCCAUAACAGAUGUAAUCGAUCAAGCCACAGUUUUAUUUGCUGUGGGCAUUUGAAGCCUUAUUUCUCAUGCAGCUCAGAAUAAAAAAGAAUGAACAAAACAUGGCCUUAUAAACCGAUUGAAUCAACUUCAUCUGUCAAUCAUAACUAGUCAAGUUUUGAAAAAUGAGGACUGAUGUUGUGACUGCUAAAUAUGAGAUCUUGAUUCAUGUUGAAUAUGAGAUGAAUGUCAUUUUCAUAGCACAUUUCUUUUCAAUAUGAAAUAGUUGCCUUAUAUUACUUAUUUAUGUGAUUUAUACAUUUUGGCAUCACUGUCAAACGUGUUUUCUCUUUUAUCACAGCUGUACUUGUGUUCUGAUUAAAAGUGGUACUCUAAACUUAAA